AUGGAAACCCUCCAAGGCCCGAUCAUCGCUUUCAAUAUGAAAAACAGUCACGGCCAGUGGAUCCCUAAGUCCGAGAUAGAAAAACUGGCAACGGUACGAAAUAUCCAACUGCGUUCUGGUUCAGUCUGCAACCCUGGAGGAACGGCCAUGUCGCUUGGAUGGGCAGGACAAGACCUACGUCGUCAUUAUGCUACUGGUUUACGCUGCGGUGAUGACCAUGACGUGUUAUAUGGCCGGCCAACUGGCAUUUUGCGAGUUAGCAUAGGAGCAAUGACCAAUUUGAAGGAUAUAGACUCACUGACGGACUUCGUCGACGAGUUUUAUGUGGAGAAAGCCCCUCCUCUGGUUCCAUUGAGUCCUCAGAUGGAUGAGAAAAUUUUGGUUGCCCCUCAAUUUUAUGUUGAGAGUCUGACGAUAUUUCCCAUCAAAGGCUGUGCCGCCUUCAAGAUUCCUGAAGGCAAGCGUUGGGAGGUCAAAAAAGAAGGGCUUGCAUGGGAUCGGGAAUGGUACCUCGUUCAUGAGGUGACCGGUUUUCCCUUGAAGCAGAAUGAAUAUCCUCAGAUGGCUUCUAUACAUCCGUUUCUUGAUAUGGAACGCGGUAUACUUCGCAUCACCUGCAGCCCCAAGGCCACAAAUGGUCCAUUCAGCCUCGAAAUUCCACUUAUCUGGGAUGCUAGAAGCACUACUGUUAUGAGCUCCCCAGUACGCUCGAGCUGUCGAAAAGGAGUGCCUAGCGUAUACGAUCAUAGCUCAUGCCUUCGUGCCUACGCCUCGCCAGUGGUCUCGGCAUUCUUUACAGAGCACCUAGGUGUAUCUUGUACUCUUGCGCGAUUCUCACCACUUGAUGCAAAUCUCGAUAUGAAGCCACCUAGCCUGGCUAGUACCUGGAAGAAUCGGUUCCGAAGGUUAGCUACCUUGGAGUCAUUUUCGCGCGCUGACCGAAUACCGCGCCAAGAUUGUCAAAAAUACGUGCUCAUAUCAAACGAAAUGUCUCUUUUGAUCGUAUCUAGGUCGUCAAUCAACUGCCUCAACGAAACAAUCAAAGCAAACACCAAGCAUACCUCCGGCGUGAGCAAGGCCAUCGGUGCAGAUUUGUUCAAGAGCAACAUCGUUGUUGCUGAGCGGGUCUGUCAGUCAGGUCAUGCCGAACACCCCUAUGCCGAAGACCACUGGUCAUCCAUUCGAAUUGGGCAAGACCAGCUCCUGUUUGAUACCAUUGACCCUUGCCAGCGCUGUCAGAUGCUAUGCGUUGACCAGGUUACCGGCGCACAACGCAAUGAAAUCUUGGCUGCGCUGCCCAAGAUACGAAAGGUCAAUGGGAGAAUCCAGUUUGGUAGAUAUGCGACAAUGUCGACAGAGGAUGGUGAGAACGUUGAGAGAAAUGUUCCAGGAAGCGGGACUAUUAUGGUGGGAGAUGUUGUGUUGCCAUCAAAUCAGAAGAACUAG